UUGAAAUUUUAGCCAUAAAAUGAAAAAGCUCUUCAUUAAUUUAACCAGUUGUACAGAGGAAUCCAUGGUGAAACUCCAGCGCAGCAAUUGAAAGAUUAUCUCUUAUGUCAGGUCCUGUCACAUCAUAACCACACAUCAUUCAAUCUCAACCAUUUCUUCUCCAUCUUCACUGUAAAUAAAACCUAUCCACAGCAAUUUCUACUCAGAGGAGAAAGAGAAAACAGAGCAGAGGGAUACAAAUAAGAAAUUUGCAACAAUGGGGGUAGGGACGGCCGAAAACAGCGAAGCUCUGAAGUUUGAAUCGAGCUUUAUUCAGAGCGAAGAACAUCGUCCCAAGCGUUCCUCCGCCCCUCCUGACGGUGAUGUGAAAAUCCCCGUGAUAGAUUUGGAAAAUAGCUCAACAGAAGAGGUGGAAAAGGCUUGCAGAGAUUGGGGGUUCUUCCACCUGAUCAACCAUGGCUUUCCAGAGCAUCUUCUCCGCCGCCUAGAGUCCGCCGCAGACAAUUUCUUUUCUUUGCCUUUGGAGGAAAAGAGAAAAGUAGCCAGGGAUGCUGAUAACUCCCUGGGCUACUUUAAUACGGAGCUAACGAAAAAUGUGAGGGAUUGGAAAGAGGUUUUUGAUUUUAUGGCGCGAGAAGAAACCCUAUUGCCCGUGUCUGUUGAGCCGCACGAUUUCGCUACAUACGCCGUCGUAAACCAGUGGCCGAACGGCCUUCCGGAUUUCAGAGAAGCUUGCCUGGCCUACACAGAGGCUGCAAGGGAGUUGUCAUUUAGAGUGCUAGAAUUAAUAGCACGGAGCCUUGGCCUACCAAGCAACCGACUUAAUGAAUAUUUCAAAGAUGAUAUAAGCCUUGGGCGACUGAAUUGGUACCCGGCCUGCCCGGCCCCUGAGCUGGCACUGGGUGUGGGUAGGCACAAGGAUCCUGGUGGCCUCACCCUUCUUUACCAAGAUCAGGUGGGUGGACUGGAGGUGAAGCGCAAGGACAAUGGUCAAUGGAUACCUGCUCGGCCCCUGCCUGACUCCUUUGUUGUUAAUGUUGGAGACUGCAUACAGGUGUGGAGCAAUGACAGGUAUGAAAGUGUAGAGCACAGAGCGGUGGUGAAUGAUAGCCGUAAACGCCUCUCCAUUCCUUUUUUCUUUAAUCCUUCACAUUAUGUCAUGGUGAAGCCUCUGGAGGAGAUGGCGAGUGAAGAGAAUCCUCCCAAGUACAGGGAAUACAAUUGGGGAAAGUUUUAUAAGAGAAAGAAGGAUAGCAAUUUUAAAAACUUGGGAGUUGAGAAUAUACAAAUCUACAACUUCAGAAUCUGACAUGUAUGAUAUUAAUAAGGUGGGAUUACCUACUGCCAAAUAACAAGCAUGUCAUAAACAUAAGUUGCUUCUAAAGAACAAAUUCUCUUACAUGCAUAAAUGGCAAGUAUGGUAAAAUAGGAUCUACAAUGUCUUCUAUGAAAUAUUAUUUGUAUAUACAAUGAGAUAAAUGGAUUGUAUUUUAUUA